AUGGCAUCAGAGACAAAACCGAGAGGAAUACUCAAAAACACAUCAAUCAAUUUACAGCCAAAGACACCAAAACUAAAAUGGGACGAAGACAAUUUGCAAUAUACGGAAUCUCAAAAGUCGGCGACAAUGAAAAUAACAGAGCCUCCGACCCCGUAUAUUCGUUACAACCAGGAGACAGAUGAAAUCAUGACUGAUUUAGAGACCAUUCCAGGGUUAGCCUUGGGUUCGUCUAGUGUCUCUCCCGUUGGAUCAAUGUCGUCUUCGUCACCAUCAUCAGCACACUUUCCUGAUGAUAUCAAGGACGACGAUUGGUCCGGCGAUGAAGAUGAUGAGGAAGCUCGUGAGAAACAUCGCAAAUUCCUUCAAAUGCGUGCACAGCACUACAACAUGAAAGAGGCCAUACGCAUGGCACAUAAACUACUCGAAGAGGAAGAUGACGAGGGUGAGUAUAUGGAUGAAUGGAACAAGAUAAAGGCAUCAGCAUCAGAUCGGAUGGAUACACGGUAG